GUGUCUCAGGAGGACACGAGGGCCCAAUUCCUCAUUCCCGGCGGCUCCGUGGGCCGCAAUAGAGCGGAGGCCUCCCUGGAGCGGGCGCAGAACCUCAACCCCAUGGUGGACGUGAAGGCCGACGCCGAGAGCGUCGAGAGCAAACCCGAGGAAUUCUUCACGCAGUUCGACGCGGUGUGCCUGACGUGCUGCUCCCGGGACGUCAUGGUGCGGAUCGACCAGCUGUGCCACAAGAACAGCGUCAAGUUCUUCACCGGCGACGUCUUCGGCUACCACGGCUACAUGUUCGCCGACCUGGGCGAGCACGAGUUCGUGGAAUCCCUGCUGGGACACAAGGUCCGGAAAUUCCCGUUUCUAACGGCUCUGGAGUCGGGCCAACUGCUGCUGAAAUUCCGUACGGACAAAGGGCGGGAUCCGUCGCCGCAGAGCUACGGGGAGGACUCGGAGCUGCUGCUCCAGAUCCGCGGCGACGUCCUGGCCGCGCUGGGCGUCAGCGCCGACCUCCUCCCGGACGACUUCAGCGGCUACUGCUUCUCCGAGAUGGCUCCCGUGUGCGCCGUGGUCGGCGGCGUCCUGGGCCAGGAGGUGGUGAAG